UUCUAGGUUUUGGGUUGAAACUUGAAUCUGCCAAUUUUUACCGCCACUCGCCAGUUAUUUUGUAAUUUGUAUUGAAACAACAUUAACAUUAUUUUGCCUAAAAAUGCAGGCAUUUUUAAAAACCGGCAAGAUAUCAAGUACUGAUAAACCAUCUACUUCGGGAGUUAAAUCCACAAAGAAAAAGGCUCCAGCUCCAUGGGUUGAAAAAUACCGUCCAAAAACUAUAGAUGAUAUCGUUGAUCAAGGAGAAGUGGUUCAAGUUUUAAGAGAAUGUUUGGCUGGAGGUGAUUUACCACAUCUGUUGUUUUAUGGUCCACCAGGAACUGGUAAAACAAGUGCUAUCUUGGCUGCUGCUAGACAGCUCUUUGGAGACAUUACUAGAGAGCGAGUUCUUGAACUGAAUGCUUCAGAUGAAAGAGGAAUACAAGUCAUAAGAGAUAAAGUAAAAACUUUUGCCCAAUUAACAGUCAGCAAUACAAGACCAGAUGGCAGACCGUGCCCGCCAUACAAACUGGUUAUCUUGGACGAAGCAGAUUCAAUGACAACGGCAGCGCAGGCAGCCUUACGUCGAACUAUGGAGCGAGAGACGAGGACUACACGUUUUUGUCUCAUAUGUAAUUAUGUAUCAAGAAUCAUUCCACCAAUUACCAGCAGAUGUUCGAAGUUUCGAUUCAAACCGCUGGCGAGGGAGAAUGUUAUCAAGAGAUUACAAGAAGUGUGUAAAUCAGAGGCUGUGGACGUUGGUGAUGGUGAAGUACUCCAUCAAGCUGUGGACACAUGCGGGGGAGAUCUUAGGCGAGCACUCACAGCACUGCAGUGCUGUCAGCGCUUACUCGGCAAAAUUACAGCUGAUGGAUUAAUUGAGGUGACGGGACUCGUACCUGAAAAUCUAGUGGAUGAAUUUCUAAACGUGAAAAACUACAAUGAGUUGGAGAGAUUCGUUGAGAAUUUUCUCAUGGACGCGUAUUCAGCAUCUCAAUUAUUGGAACAGCUGUCAGAGAGAGUGGUGAAUGCUGGUCAUUUGACUAACAAGCAGAAGUGUGUGAUUAGUGAGAAGCUGGCUGUGUGUUCUCACCGACUACUGGAGGGUGGAGCUGAGGUGAUGCAGCUGACAGACCUCGGCUGUACCGUGAUCAUGGCUAAUAAUAACCCGUGAGACUCCACCAGAACACAGGAUAUGGUCAUUUUAAAAAAAACCUAUUCUUCUUAAACAUCUCAACUGGCAGUCAAUGAAUAUUAAAAUUAAAUUUUAUUUUUAACGUAAAUUUUUAAACUCGAUAACUGAUGUAUAAGCUGUUACAAUAAUUAUUCUCACGGCGGUCUGUUGUAAUUCUAGAUUUAAUAUCGGUGUUUAAUAAAUUGUUUCUUACGCAACACGUCAUAGAGUUUAUUAUCGUGCGUGGAAAGAAUGUGAAUUAUACAUGUUUAUUAAGAACCAAUACUGUGAAACAUUACUGUCGACUGCUGCUUUAAUUUUUGUAUUCCGAGAAACGUUUCAUUGUCACAGUUUUCGGUAAUAAAUGUUUCGUAACACGUG